AUGGCCUUCUUCUCGGUGAGCUCCACCAUCUGUCUCGUGCUCCUCGCUGUCGUCACGGCCAUGCCAGAUCGCGACUCCGUGGACCGCCGUGACACGGACACAGUCAAGACUGUAAUAAAGACAGUGACCGCAUCGACUCGUAAGUGUACGGCUGACGAGUUGACUGCGGGAUGCACCGAGGCGCCCAACGACAUCGGACCUGACAGAAAGUUGUGCACCUGCAUCAAAGGCCGUGUGCGAGGUGACACGGACACCGUCAAGACAGUGAUCACAUCGAGUGAGUGGUUGAACAUGAUGCCAGAUCGCUCCUCCGAGGAGCGAGUGCGCCGUGACACGGACACAGUCAAGACUGUAAUAAAGACAGUGACCGCAUCGGUCCGUAAGUGUACGGCUGAAGAGUUGAAAGAGGGAUGCACCGAGGCGCCCAACGACUUCGGACCUGACAAAAAGUCGUGCACCUGCUCCGAAGGCCGUGUGCGACGUGCUCCCGAUGCCGAGGAAGAAGCGAAGACCACUGUCGAGGAACGUGAAUGCACCCACGAGGAGAUGUUCGACAAGCACUGCACUCUUGUCGCUGAUAUCGGGCAGCCACUUCGAUGCAAGUGCCCUGUA